UCCAAUCUCAUCAUCUCAUAUAUAUAUACAAUUAUAUAUUCUGUGUCUAUUCAAAAUGUAUAACGGUGAAGGUACAACACAAACACCAAAGAUCAACGCUCCACCAACUGGAAAAUGGACAACAGGUUUAUAUGAUUGCUGUGACGACACUGGAAAUUGUUGUCUUACAUGGUGCUGUCCUCGUUUCACCUUUGGUCGGAAUGUAGAUAUUAUUGAUCAAGGAAGAACAUCUCCUACAAUUGCACGUUUGAUUUUUUUUGCCCUGGGAUGUUUUGGGUUGGCAAGCUUAUAUACAUGCGGAUUCAGAAGCAAACUAAGAGCCAUCUACAACUUACCAGAAGAACCAUGUUCGGAUUGUUGCGUUCACUAUUGUUGUUUACUUUGUGCUAUUUGUCAAGAGUACAGAGAACUUAAAAACCGUGGACUGGACCCCUCACAAGGUUGGAGGGCAAACGAGGAAAGACUGAGAAGAGCAAAUCUAGUACCUCCACAUGUUGCGCCAGCCAUGACUCGCUAGAAUUUCUUAAGUCUAGGAUUCAUUUGUUGUCCUAUAUCUUACUUGUGCGUAAUUUGUUUCUUAAUUACCUGUUUGUGAUUUUCCUUUGGAGAGCAAUAAUUACCUUUGUACUUUAUAUUAAGUGUUCUC